UAACCUCCCAACUUCACGAUUGUUGUGUUCGGCAUUUGUUUGCGCUGAAGUUCGUCUCUAAUGGAUUUGUUAUCGCGAUGACCGGGCUUGUGGACCGUUGCUGAGGGGGCGGGGUGGUGAACGGACGGACGGUUCGACGUGUGCACAAUUUCGCUGGAUGGCAGACGAAAUGAAAUUUCCGCAGGACGCCCAUCCGCAAAGCACAUCCGCCCGACGUCUCGCGUGCUAGGUUAAGCCCGACCCGGAUUUUGAUAGACGGUAAACCGGCGCGGCGCGGCGCGCGGCACCGAUCCCGAAUCGACGACCUGGACGAAGAGCCGAGCCUGAACGCGCUGCUCAAUUAUGGGCACGCUAAACCUCAUCUGCCCCAUGUGCUGCGGCGAGACCUUCAACAACACCCAGUCCCUCAAGUACCACCUGCUAAGCCUGACAGACAAUCUCUACUGUCCGAGCUGUUCGCAGCGUUCCGACUCCGUCAUGGCGCUCAUUCAGCACCUGGACAUGUGCGAGCACGACUUGAGGUACCGGGUGAAGUCCGACAUCCUGGCGGACAAGUUCAGGAAGGGCGGAAAGGAGCCCGAGAUCAAGAUGGAUCUGCUGCUGGACGUUAAGACGCAGCAGCUCAAUCGCGGCUUCCUCGCGACUAUGGGCAACAACGGAGUGGUCAUAAUGGGCGAUUCGCAGACGAUACAAUUGGAUGAGAAUGGAGAGAUUAAAGUCGUAGAAAAGAUGGACACGGAAGAAACGCAACCAGAUCAAAAUUCUCUGGAUUUCAAGAUGCCCGAAGGGCUCGUCGGCGACGUCGGCGGCGGUGCGCAAAGAAGGCUGCAGCUGCAGCCGUCGCAGGGCUUGAUGGCUAUCCCGAUAUCGAACGCGGACCGCAAGGCGGCGUUGAUGGAGAAGAACAUAAUCGCCGUGCUGCCGGACAGCUCCGAGCUCCUGGACGGCGAGACCACCGCCACCCUGAUCGACGUGGAUCGUAUAAAUGAGGCGGAGGAGCUCGACGAGGUUGAUCUGCUGCGGGUCAAGCGAGAGCUGUGCGAGUUCGAGUCCGACGCCGUGUACAGUUGCACUAGCUGCGAGAUGAGCUUCAACUCCGUUCUGGAGCACAUCAAGCAGUUCCACGACGGGCAGGAGGUGCUGCUGGAGAUGGCGGAGCAAAUGAACGACCUGGCGACGACGAGCCCGGUGUCCGCGAUGUCCGACGGCUCGGAAAGUCUGGCGGGCAACAACAACGCGAGGCAGCGGCAGACGAUGAACACGCUGCGCACGGAGGAGUGCGUGGACAACGAGGGUAGGCUCUACACCCGGAAGGUGGUGCAAAUCGAGAGAUUCUGGGACCGCACGCCGAUUCAGGUCACAACGACGCAGUCGCCGAAGGCGCCGAUGAUCGAGAAGUUCUUUUCGAACGUGGAGGGUGUCAAGGUACGAGAGAAACGCCUGGCGACCGCGUCGACCGCGCCAAAGUACAAGUGCAAUCAGUGCCUGCAGCAGUUCUCCAAGUUGGGAAACUUCCGCGUGCACGCCUGCCUCCGUGGCAGUAACCGUUGCGAGCAGUGCGACCAGAGCUUCGCGACCCCCAGGGCGUUGCAACUUCACGCGAAGGUGCACGACAGCGAGGCCGAUCCGAGCCAGAAGACGUUUAUCUGCACCACGUGCGGCACCGAGUUCUGCUCCCACAAGAGCCUACGGCUGCACUCGCGGAUGCACGCGCCGGUGAGGGCCAGACACGUCGAGGCACCCGAGGGCACGCCUAACGCAACUUUUACCUGUCCCGAAUGCGGCAAAACGCUGUCCGAGUCGUACAAAGACGCGCACAUGACGCUGCACACGGGCGAUUCGGUGACGUGCACCGUUUGCAACCGGAAGUUCGAUUCCGCGGACAGUCUGGCGAUGCACGCGGCGGUGCACGUCGAGCUGGCGCCCUCGCAGUCGCCCACACCGCAGGUUUCGUCCUCAACCGUCGUGGAGGCAACGACGACAUCGGCGACGACGCCAGCGACGGUGACGCCUGCGACGAUCGCCAUGACGUCCACAACAACGGUGACGACGACGGCGACGACGACGGUGUCAACGGCGGAACCCGGCGACAGCCAGAAACCGUAUCAGUGCCAGCAUUGCGGGCGCAGGUUCACCAGACCGCACGAGAAAGUCAAGCACGAACGAAUUCACACCGGGGAGAAGCCGCAUGCUUGUGAGGUAUGCGGCAAGACCUUUCGCGUGUCCUACUGCCUGACCCUCCACAUGCGCACGCACACAGGCGUGCGGCCGUACGCCUGUCAGCACUGCGGCAAGCGCUUCAAGGCGUCCUCCGUCUACAACCAUCACCUGCUGACGCACGGCGACGAGCGCGCCUACACGUGCCCGUACUGCCCGAAGACGUUCAAGACGCGGGUGCAGCUGGCCGGCCACAAGAACAGCCACACGAAGCCGUUCCGGUGCACCGAGUGCUCGCGACCGUUCGCGUCGCUCUACGCCGUCCGCGCGCACAUCCAGACGCACAAGAAGGACAACAAUCUCAAGUUCAGCUGCUACGUGUGCGGCGCGUCGUACGGUCGGGCGUUCGCCCUCAAGGACCACCUGAAGCAGCACGGAAACCAGGACGUGCUCGCGCUGCCGGAGCCGGCGCGCGAGGAGGAAGUGCACGAGAACUUCCUCCUCGGCGAGGAGGAGGUCGAGGAGGACGAGUUCGCGGCCCCGCCGCCGCCGCCACCACUGCCGCCACUGCCACCACCGUCGUCGCUUCCCGUCGUCGCGUACCCCCCCGGCGUGAACGACACCGACUGAGGUCAAUUGUUGCAAUUCGAUUCUAGUCGCAGAGAGAAUCGUGACGCGUCCCGCAAGCUCGUCCCUGAAGCUUGCUGUAAGCCUACGGUAUAUCCGAGAUAGAUUGCUCGUGGAGACUUGCGAGGCUGACACGGACGGCGUAUUCCGUCGUUGAAACUUCCGUCGCGCCAAGUACACGAAGGCUCCUGUGUACGUUUGCGCGUAUGUGUCACCAGAGAGUUCAACGCGAGUCGUUGCGCGAAGUUGGAGCACAUGUUUUUUUGUACCAAAACCAAUCGCUCAGAUCGAUUAGGAAUAAUUGUACGUAAGUGUUGUUGACUCGUUCGUAAAGUUUAUUCGUUCGUUUUUCCCGUGCCAUUUGUCGUUUUCCAUCACGAAUUCGUGAGCUUGAUUUAUGAAUCCAUCGCUAAAGGAAACUAAUCCAGGGAGGGUGUGCAUUACAUCAUUACUGAUACAACGCAUACAUAUUAAUUACGCAACGAGUUGUUUUACCAAUUAAUUUAUUUAACAUUUAAUUGAUUCUUUUUAUUUUCUUUAAAAAAAAGAAGACAUAUAUUAAAUUAUACAUAAAAUUAGUCAGACAAUAUAUUAAAUAUAUUGACUGAUGGAUUCUUUUCCACAACGUGUAUUACAAUAUUUUAGUUCACUUCUUGCAUUACUAAAUUGCGAGCUUUUUCUUCAAGUGCAUUGUAAUACUUAUAAUAAUUAUUAUAAUUACAUUAAUAAUUAUAAUAAUUAUUAUAUGUAAAUUACAUAUUUGCAUAUUGCAUACGUUCGAUCGCAGGUGUUGAAAUUCAUGAAUAAAGCUGAUGAAUUUCUCGAUCGAUGGAACCUACCGCAAUUUAGUUUUGAAUUAUUUUAAAUAAGGCUAACAUGUUUUUUAGUACGCGCUUUUAAUUUAUUUGAAAUUUCUUGCCGACAAGAAAUGUACUCUUUCGUACGUGACAAUAUACAUAUCGUAGCAAACUCGUUCUAGUUUUAAUUGCGCGAUUAUUUAAUUCAUUACGUGCACAAUGUAAUUCAAUUACGAAUCAUUGUGUACGAUCAUACGAAGUAGUUACAUUAAUUGAAGUUACUCAGCGAGAGAUUAAAUACCGUGCAAAUGCGACUGGAAUUUCGUUCCAGGCGAGACUUGUGAUCUUGAAUUAUUUUAAUUUAAUAAUUAAAUGCAAUUUUUUUUUGUAGUUUUAAUGAUUCAUAGUUUCUUAAUGUUAAACCUGUUGUUACAAAUUGUUGUUGUUUAAAAGAUAUUUUAUGACAAAUUAAAAAUUUUAUCAAAAAA